ACCAAAAGCAAUGGCCAUUGAUUUGAUCUCAGAGAACAACAAUCUCCCAACAAGUCCAAGAAUAUCAUUCUCAUAUGACCUUUGCCCCAAAGACACUUCCCUUCCCUCCUCCAUUCAACACCAUUCCCAUUCCCAUAAUUCUUCUCAUUCAGACUUCAAUUUCUCCACAACUCUCAAUCCGCCUGAAACUUCCUCCUCCGCCGAUGAACUCUUCUCCGGCGGCCUAAUCCGCCCCAUUCCUCUCCCUGUUUCUUCCUCCAAAUCUUCUUCUUCUCUGCCGCCACUCCCCAAGACCCCAUCAAAGCCUCUCUGCCAUAUCAGGAGGAGCAGUAGCCUCCACUGUGAAGCUUCCCACAAGAAAACCCCCUUCUGGUCCUCGUUUCCAUUGCUGUCGCGGAGCUUCUCCACCGGCUCGCUUCGGAAAGGGAAGAAACAGAAUGCAGAGACCACGAAGCAGCAGCAGAGGAGCUCUGCAACUUUCUAUGCGUUCCCAUCAUCGCCGGCGCGUAGGAACGGCGAAGGGGUUCGGGUUAAUCCGGUGAUUAACAUUUUGCCGCAUCAUGUUUCCGCUAAUCUCUUCAGAUUUGGGUCUCUGUUUCGAAAUGGAAAAGAGAAGAACAAGAAAAUAUCACUGCCCUUGCCCUUCUGUAGGAACACUUAAACCAAAAAUCCAUUUCGAAUAGAGUCUCACAUCUAUAUCAUUUUGAGUAUAAUAUGUUUAGUUGUAAUGGUUCUUGAGAAUCUAUUUCGAGACCUUUUAAAUAAAGUCUCAUAUCUAUAUCAUUUCAACUACAAUAUCUUUGGUUGUGAUGGUUAAUCCUUAUAAAUAUAAGGAGAUAUUGAGAUCGAA